AUGGCGACUGCGAUGGCAUCGUCACAGUCGCCGCCUCAGUUUGAUGCCUCCGCUCCUCCACCGAUCUCAGCGCGGGCCUCUCUACCUCCCUCUACUACCACCAAGCGGUCGAGCCUCCAAAGGCCUUCGUCGUACGCAAAGAACCGACUAUCUGUUCACUCUAACAAGUCGAAUUCGCAAACCCGUUCCCGCCCUACCUCCACCACCUCCAAUACCUUUUCUGCUUAUCAGUCGAGUCUACCUUAUGCUUUGGUUCGGGACUUUGCAUAUCCUCCGAGCCACCCACUCCAUUACGGCGCACCUCCCAAGGAUUCGGGCAUUUCCACGCCAGUCAACGAAUCUCGGAGGAUUUCUGAUGCGCCUCUAUCUUCGCUUGACGCCACCCGCUCUCACUGGCCAGCCCCAAACUGGGAUCCAGGCACCAUGUAUAGCCAGCAGCAGCUACCUCCGAUAGCAUUUGGCGAUGGACCCCCGUAUAGUGAAGAUGAGGAUUUACAUAGCCCAGUUGUGACAGCCUCACGGCAUCGAAAGAAUAAAUCCGGCCACUCUAGUGAGAGUAGGCCUGGUUCGCGGAGACGCAAAGGAUCUGGUUUUGGUGACCCCGACAACUCUACCGAUGCUGAAAAAGGCGUGUUGAUUGGUGUCAAUGGCGAUGGGAGCGAGACAUAUUAUGUGAGAGAUGAGGAUGCGGAUGAAGAUGGGCCUGGCGGAGAAUACGUGACCUACCCAGCAGGGGAUGGUAGACGCUCUUAUCACCCUGGUUUUGGUGACCAAGGCGCAAUUGGGGGCUCCGGACCUGGUAAUUCACUUCACAAUGGAUCCUAUGAUCGAGAUUUUGAACUAGCUUCUGAUGAUGACAUAUCAGAUGAUGAUGGAUGGCAGGACCCCUCAAGAUACUCGCGGGACUAUCAGUUUACAAUCGUUUCGCCAGAUGAAGAGAUGCACGGUAAAGCCGUGGCACUCUUCGAUUUCACUCGCGAGCACGAAAACGAACUUCCUUUGAAAGAGGGCCAGGUAAUUUUAGUUUCCUAUCGUCAUGGCCAGGGAUGGCUUGUUGCAGAAGAUCCAAGGACCGGGGAGAGCGGACUGGUUCCAGAGGAAUUUGUGCGUCUUGUUAGGGAUAUCGAGGGUGGACUAAAUUCCCUGAAUGGUGACUUAAACAUGAUCGACUCGAAUACUACCGGAAGCGAAUCAGAACAGACGCCAGUCGCCACCGUUCUGCCAACCUCACAAUUGAACGACGCUCAUAUCGGCGGCACAGCUGACGGGGAUACACAGGCCCAUGCCCCUGUGGAGAUCGAUGCAACCGAUGACAAAACUAGAGAAAAACAUCCUCCAGUAGUAUCCACCUUUUCAACCAGCAGCAAGGACUUAAACCCCUACCUGUCACACCUACUCAGCGGCCAUCAACACAGCAGAUCGAUGCCUCCCUCUGUUGAACACUCUGAAGCUCAGCUAGCUCGUUCCAGCUCCGGGGCAGCAAAACGGACAAAAAGUGUCUCUAAACGAGCCUCUCAAUCCACAUAA